UCAUCAGUCCACCAGGGCUGUCGGGCCUGCCUGCCGGCCUUUCUGUGGCUCUUCUGUGGUGUCCUUCUGGUCUACUGAUUUCUGCAAAAAUGAAGAUCAGGUUGGACUGAAACUUACAACCCAUCAGCCAGAAUGGACCUACCCGAUUAUAACUCACAGGAGCCACAGCCACUUGUCCAACAACCUGACAACUACCCAGGGGAUCUGUUAACUUUGGAAGAAACAUCAACAUCUCAGAAAUUAAAGACAGAGUCAGAUGGCAGAGUGGAAUUGGAGGAGAGCUGUCCCAUCUGUGGAGACAAGGUGUCAGGAUACCACUAUGGAUUGCUGACUUGUGAAAGCUGCAAGGGCUUUUUUAAACGCUCAGUGCAGAAUAACAAGAGUUACACUUGUGCAGAACAGCAGAGCUGCCCCAUGAACCUUUCGCAGAGGAAACGCUGUCCUUCUUGUCGUUUCCAGAAGUGUUUGGCAGUGGGCAUGAAGAGAGAAGCUGUAAGAGCAGAUCGUAUGAGAGGGGGCAGGAAUAAAUUUGGCCCUCUGUACCGGCGAGACAGGCAAAUGAAACAGCAAAAGGUCUAUCACCAAGCAAACACUGCUCCCUACAGGAUUAAGAUGGAAACUACACAGACACACCGGCCCACAGCUCCAAAUGACCCUCUUCUAAUGAGCAGUCACACAAGUGCUCCAUUGUCUUCUGAUGCCUUUCAUCAGUCUUACAUGUAUCCCUCUGGCAUGGGGCAGUCGGGUGCGCCCAUGUCUCUGGACUGCUCUAUGAACGUGGACCGGGGGUUUACCCCUCUACCGCUGCCCUACCCUGGACUGUACCACUGCAGCUUCCCUCCAUACCGCCAAGAGAAAGGGGAAAUGUCUUUUAGCUACAGCCCGGCUCACACAAACUAUCCAGUGCCUCCAACUCUGAACAAUUCAUUUACACCAACUAGCACACCGGCAUCAUCCCCCUGCUCAACACCUAGCUCAUUCACCCCUCUCUCCCAGGCUCCCACCCAAACCCUGGAGACCCCCUCAUCAGCUCCUCUCGCACCCAACUUCCUAAGCCAACUGCUGGAGGGGGAUCAGGAUGAGAGCCAGCUGUGUGCCAAGGUCCUUGCCAGUCUGCAGAGAGAACAGGCCAACCGAGGCAAACAUGACCGCCUAAAUACGUUCAGCAUCAUGUGCAAAAUGGCUGACCAGACUCUGUUUGGGCUUGUGGAAUGGGCUAGGAACAGCUCACUCUUUAAGGAACUGAAGGUGGAGGACCAGAUGGUGCUACUGCAGAGCUGUUGGAGUGAGCUGCUGGUCCUGGAUCACCUCUGUAGACAGGUGGCUUACGGCAAAGAGGGCUGCAUCUAUCUGGUCACAGGACAACAGAUUGAGGUGUCGACCAUUUUUUCUCAGGCAGGAGUGACACUGAGUAGCCUGGUUUCGAGGACCCAGGACUUGGUGUCCAAACUGAAAAUAUUCCAGUUGGACAGACAUGAGUUCAUCUGUCUUAAACACUUGGUGCUAUUUAACCCAGAUGUGAAGUCAGUGCAGGACCGCAGGCAGGUGGAGCAAAUACAAGAGAGGGUCAACAGGGCCCUGAUGGAGCACACCCAACAGAGUCAUCCAAGACACUCAGACAAGUUUGGUCAGCUGCUGCUCCGGCUUCCUGAAGUACGUAGCAUUAGCUUGCAGGUUGAGGACUAUUUGUACCAACGCCAUCUUCUGGGAGAUUUGCCCUGCAACUCUCUACUCACUGAGAUGCUUCACACCAAGCACAGCUGAAAAGAUACUGCUGCAUCGGCAAGCCCUGGUGGCACAACUGUGGCAAAGCCUGCGUUUGCAGCUAUGAAGUUUUUGUACCUCCUUAUUAGCCUUUCAGACCCAACUGUACUUUUAAGGAUGAUUGCUGCAAAUAGUAAUUAGGCAUGCACUACAGGGGGACAUUUAGUGAGCCCAAGUUCCUCUCAUUAACAAUAUUACCACAGCCAAACGGCCCAGUAAAUAUUCGUUUCUGUCAGUAUUGUUGGACAGAUUUGGGAUCCAAGCACUACCAUGCUGUUUUUAUUAGACAGGAAGCACUAAACUGUAAAAACAAGAGAAAUGCAUCAUUUAAUAAAGAAAUUUGGUUUCUGGA